AUGGUCAAGUCGACUGUAGUUGACAGCGAUUCAGGCGGCUCCUACAGCAGCAAGAUCCGGACGAGCUCAGGGUCGUUUCUAUCACGCGGAUCAGACGAGGUGGUGGCUUCUAUUGAGACGAGAAUAUCCGACUUCUCUCAACUGCCUGUGGACCACGGGGAGGCCAUUCACGUAUUACACUAUGAAGCCUCCCAGGAGUACCAGGCGCACUUUGACUAUUUCCACGAUGACAUCAACACGCGCAAUGGGGGGCAAAGGCUUGCUACCGUUUUGAUGUACCUAUCUGAUGUGGAGGAAGGGGGAGAGACCGUGUUUCCAGCAGCAGAGCUCACCCCCGACAACAUCCACUCACCGAUACCACCAGACUCGCAGCUCUCUCAGUGCGCUAAGGGCAUGCUCGCAGUGAAACCCAAGCGGGGCAACGCACUGCUGUUCUGGAACCUCAAGCCCGACACCACGCUCGACCCCAAGAGCUUGCACGUCUACACGGUGAGUGCUGCACCUGCCAGGCCUCACCACCAUACACUCAGCAGCACUGCUACUGCCAGCAACGCGCUGCUGUUCUGGAACCUCAAGGCCGACACACUACUCUUGACCCCAAGAGUCUACAUGAGGCCGACGACACUCGAGGCACUUCGCGAGUCGCGCCAGAGCCCGACGACCCCUCGGGCGGCCAUGGCGGGUGUUGGCGGCGCGUUCGGGGGGAGCCGGUCGUUGCAGCCUGUUCCCCCGGAGAAGGGCGUGUUCCCAUUGGAUCACUUUGGGGAGUGCAAAGAGGUGAUGCGCGAGUACAUGGAGUGCCUGAAGCAGCACGGCAACCAAUCAGACAAAUGCCGAGACAUUGCAAAGAAGUACCUGCAGUGCCGCAUGGACAGGAACCUCAUGGCACCUCAGAACUUGUCAGAGCUCGGAUUUGGCUCAGCACAGGCCACAGGAGAAGCAUCCUCAGCAGGAAAAGCAACUGUAGGGCAACAGACUGCUGAGGCUGAGGCAUCGGCAGCAGCAGGUGCUUCGGCAGAUGGCUCAAAUAGCACCACAAACAGACGAGAGGCUCGAGGGUUUAUUGCUGGAAUUAAUCCUAGAUAG